ACCAGAAGGAGUAGAAAUUACCCUCCAAGGCGCACGGUUUAUAUUUGCUCUCUCUAGUUUUGCCACUUUAGGUUGAGGAAAAAUAUUUUGAGAGUGCGUCUGUGGUGUGCACUUCUGAUUUUUGAAUACAGAGAACAUAUUUAGCCCAUUACCUUCUACUAGUUUUGGAGGAUGGGCUUGACAUCAGCUGAUCCUAGAGGCAACAUGAAACGUAGCACAAUGUCGUUGUGGAACAGAGCACAGCAGCUUCCCGCAGAUGACCUCCGUCGGGUCCAGGGUAUAUAUGGUGAACAGUUCCCGAUUGAGGUGCGACACUACCUGGCAGGAUGGAUAGAAGACAAGAUGCAGCAAUGGAAUGAAAUUGAUCCAGAUAAUCCAAGCCAUAGUCAGUAUGCCCAGUCCCUAGUGUCCCAGCUCAUACAAGAAAUUGAAAACAAAGCUCUAAGUUAUGCAAACAAUGAAGACCUAUUUCUUGUCCGUAUGCGUUUAGAUGAAGCUGCAACCUCCUUCAGGACACGGUACCUGAACAGCAAUCCCCUUGGGCUGGUGGGCAUCAUACGCCAGUGCUUGAACACUGAACACAAUCUGGUUCAACAGAAUGAAAAUAUGUUAGGAGGAGGUGUUUCACAUGCAACAAACAUGGUCAUAGAACCAUGUGCAGAAAUUGAGCAGGAGUUAAGGAUACUUCAUGAACGUACACGGGAAACGGCAAAUGAACUGAGACACUUGGAACAAGAGCAAGAAUCAUUUGCCUUACAAUACCAUGACUGUGCAAAAAUUAAUGCUCACCUUUCCCACAUUCAAAGCCAGGAGAGAACGCAACAGAAUCGAGAGAUGGAACAGAGCCUUCGGAGACGGAAAGAGUUAGGGGAGCAACAGUUGGCGCAGAAGGUGUCAGGGCUAUUGCAGCUGCGCAUGGCUCUGGCAGAUAAGCACAAAGGUACCAUUGAUCGCUUGAAUAGUCUUCAGCAGCGCAUCCUAGAUGAAGAGUUAAUCAAUUGGAAGAGAGACCAGCAGAUGCAUGGGAAUGGCAAACCUUUUAAUCCAAACAAAUUAGACCAGAUACAAGAAUGGUGUGAAGCACUAGCAGAAAUUAUAUGGCUCAAUCGACACCAGAUAAAAGAAUGUGAACGACACCAGACUAAGAUACCCAUAACUCCUCCUGGCGGGGUUGACAUGCUGCCAACUCUAAAUUCCCACAUUACUCGUCUUUUGUCAUCACUUGUUACCAGUACUUUUAUUAUUGAGAAACAGCCACCCCAAGUGAUGAAAACAAACACACGCUUCACAGCAACUGUCCGUUUACUUGUGGGAGGCAAAUUAAAUGUAAACAUGACUCCCCAAGUGCGAGUCUCAAUCAUUAGUGAAGCCCAGGCUAAUGCUCUGUUGAAGAACGACCAAAUGAACAAGGGGGAACAGUCUGGUGAGAUCCUGAACAACACUGGAACUAUGGAGUAUAAUCAGACUUCGAGGCAGCUUUCAGUUAGUUUCCGUAAUAUGCAGCUGAGGAAGAUCAAGCGAGCUGAGAAAAAGGGCACAGAGUCGGUAAUGGAUGAGAAAUUCUCCCUACUUUUUCAGUCACAGUUCAGUGUGGGAGGUGGAGAACUUGUUUUCCAAGUAUGGACUCUGUCUUUGCCAGUUGUGGUUAUUGUCCAUGGCAAUCAGGAGCCUCAUGCUUGGGCAACAGUGUCAUGGGAUAAUGCAUUUGCAGAACAAGGCCGCAUUCCAUUUACAGUUCCAGAAAAGGUACCAUGGCCACAAAUUGCAGACAUGUUAGACACCAAAUUCAAAGCUGCCACUGGAAGGGGACUAACAGAAGACAACCUGAAAUUCCUGGCAGGAAAAGCCUUUAGGAAUCCACAAGUCCAAGAUUUUACAAACAUGAUGCUCUCAUGGUCCCAGUUCUGCAAGGAGCCCCUGUCUGAGCGAAACUUCACAUUUUGGGAGUGGUUCUUUGCAGUGAUGAAGGUUACAAGAGAACACCUGCGCCAGCAGUGGAAUGAUGGCUCCAUCAUGGGUUUUGUGGGUCGACGCCAGGCAGAAGAAAUGCUUAAGAAUUCCAAGUCAGGCACUUUCUUGCUCCGUUUCUCUGACUCUGAAUUAGGAGGGGUGACAAUUGCCUGGAUGUAUGAAGAUACGACUAAAGCCUGUCAACGUGAUGUUUUCAUGCUGCAGCCAUUCACCAGUAAAGCCUUCGCCAUCCGUCCUCUAGCUGAUGUGAUCGCUGACUUGAAUUACCUCCUUUACCUAUAUCCGAAUGUGCCUAAGGAUCAAGCCUUUGGAAAGUACUACACGCCCCUUGGAGAGCAACAGCCCACAACUAAUAAUGGUUAUGUAAAGCCUCAACUAAAGACCCAUGUACCAGGAUGGUCAGGUGAUCCCAUGGAUUCAUAUCCCAACACACCACAAACUAUGUAUGGUGGCAUGGGUGGCCCUCCGUCCGUUAGUUCAAAUCCAUCUGACUGUGUCUCAACUGACCAAAAACCUACGUUGGAUUCUCCUUUAUUUGAUGCAGCAAAUGUCCUCUCAGACUUUUCAUAAGUUUGCACAACAAGCUGUAUCAUUUUUUGUCAGCAGGCAUUUGCUUCAAAUAAACCACAGUAUGGUACUUCUUGCCUUUUUGCUUUUGCAAGACCAUAAAAUGGUGUGAAGACAGUCCUCAAAUAGGGCUUAAUGAAGGAUAGAAGUUGUUACAGCUGCUCAGUAACUGCGUCUUGAGAAGUCAAGCACAUAUCGGGUCUUACAGCAGUGUUUAGUGUGUUACCAGCACUUCAGAGCCAUGUGAGUGAUGUAGAUUUAUCAUCAGUAUCACAAUAGCCACUAGAUGAAGAGCUUUAGAGAACACUUAUUUUUAUAAACUCCUAGGAGAUCAGUUGACAUGGAAUCAGUGUUUUCCUGUUUAGAGCAAGUGAAAAAACUUCUGCUGAAGAGGCG